AUGGCAGCUCCUUCUCAGGCCAUAGUUCCCACCGAUGCCGAGCUGCUGCAGGCGCAAGCCGAUCUAUGGCGCCACAGCCUCUACUACCUCACGUCCAUGGCGCUCAAGUGCGCUGUCGAGCUCCACAUCCCGGACGCCAUCCACAACCUGGGAGGCUCGACCUCGCUGCCGGAGCUACUGACCACACUGUCCCUACCCCAGACAAAGCUUCCAUUCCUCGGCCGCGUGAUGCGGCUGCUGGUCACAUCGGGUAUCUUCGCCUCCGAUGGCAGCAAUGGCGAUGGGGAGGAGGCCGUGUACCGUCUGAAUCCACUCUCCUGGCUCCUGGUAGAAGGUGUGGAAUCAGAGGACCACACCUACCAGAAGUACUUUGUGCUGGGUGCCUGCUCACGGCACUUUGUCGAAGCCGGCAUGUCUCUGGCUGAAUGGUUCAAGAAGGAUCUGGCUAUGCCAUUGCCGUCGCCGUUCGAGGAUUUGCAUGGUGUGCCUCCUGCCCAUGAGAGCACGAAGCUUCUCGAUGAAGAGCUUGACAGGAUUGUCGAAGAAGGCAUCGCGGCACACGACAAUCUGGCGAUCAGGACGAUAAUACGGGAGUGCAGUGAUAUUUUUAGUGGCCUACCCUCGCUUACUUAUUGCUGUGGUAGGCAAGGAAACGUCAGUGCAGCGGCGAUCGUCAAGGCGUUCCCUAACAUGAAAUGCACUGUGCUGAACCUCCCAAGGGUUGUUGAGACGACAGCAGCACCAGCUGAUGAUGCUGUUAGCUCUGUCACGAGUGAUUUGUUCCAGACCAUCCCACCUGCCAAGGCUGUGAUGCUCAAGCUUGUACUACACUUCUGGAGCGAUGAGGAUUGUGUGAAGAUCCUGGAGCAAUGCAGGAAAGCAAUUCCUUCCAAAGAAGAUGGAGGGAAGGUGAUCAUCAUAGAAAUACUUCUCGGGCCUUAUAUUGGGCCAAUAAUGUACGAAGCCCAGCUCCUGAUGGACUUGCUCAUGAUGGUGUAUACCAAAGGCAGGCAGCGUAAUGAAAAUGACUGGCGCCAGAUCUUUACCAAAGCUGGUUUCUCUAACUAUAAGAUUGUUAAGAAAAUAGGAGCUCGUAGUGUCAUCGAAGCUUUCCCUGACAUCAAAUGCACUGUGCUAAACCUUCCGAGGGUUAUUGAGACAGCACCAGCUGAUGAUGCUGUUAGCUCUGUCACGGGUGAUUUGUUCCACACCAUACCACCUGCUCAAGCUGUGAUGCUCAAGCUUGUACUCCACUUCUGGAGCGAUGAGGAUUGUGUGAAGAUCCUGGAGCAAUGCAGGAAGGCAAUUCCUUCUAGAGAAGAGGGAGGGAAGGUGAUCAUCAUAGAAAUACUUCUUGGGCCUUAUAUGGGGCCCAUAAUGUAUGAAGCACAGCUGCUGAUGGACAUGCUCAUGAUGGUGAAUACCAGAGGCAGGCAGCGUACUGAAAAUGACUGGCGCCAGAUCUUUACUAAAGCUGGUUUCUCUGACUAUAAGAUUGUUAAGAAAAUAGGAGCUCGUGGUGUCAUCGAAGUCUACCCAUAAGGCUGCACACCUCUAAAUAAAUAUCGACCAUUAUGCUAAUAAAUAUGUGCUUCAGUAUUUGCUGGACGAUGUGAUGUCACGAUAAUGUAAAAUAAAUGGAGUGCGCCUCGUUUUCGUAUGCAUAGUCUCAUGGAUAUGCAGAGAAGGUGAGCUGUAUGUUCAACUUUAUUACUUCGAGAUCCAUGUUUUUUUUGUUUUGAAAUGUACUGGAGCACUCUUUGUGCUUCCAUGGUGGUAUUUUUGAUUUGGAUGUCUUUGUGGUACAUCUAAUAAUUAAGAACAUACUUGAUGUGUGUUGCUUGCUGA